UAUAAUGAGCUCCUCCAAUUUGGACCUCAUCCUUUUGUACAUUAUCCUAUGGCUAACAUGUUGAACCAUACAAUAUUAUUCCAAUGCAAUAAUUCACAAUGCUUACCUUAUCUUUUACCAUACUAUUUUCCCAACCAUAAUUCCAACUCAAUCCAAACUAUUUUCAGUCUUUCGCAAUCCUCCUCCUUAUUAGCUUCUCAUAAGUCGACUGUCAAAAGGUCUUUAUCAAUCGUGAUUUGUCAUGCAAGGAGAAGAAUUAUAUACGAUAACGAUGAUGAUGAAAAAGAAGAUAAUAAUAAUUCAGAAUUAGCAGUGCUAGAAUUUUAUAGUCAAUCUAUGAGAAAUGAAGCUCUUCUUGUGAAAGCUCUUGUAGAUGAGGAAGAUGUUGAAGUUCUAAUUUUCAAGGGGUUCUCAUCAUGCUUGAGUUAUAGGACAAGUCCAGAUCCAUCAAAAAGUGUACUUCCAGCAAGGGCAGUGAUCAAAUGCAUAGACAGAAUAAAAGGACCAUUUGACCCCUCAAAUAUUGUUUAUUUGGAGAAAGGAUUGACUUUGGAGGCCUUCAAGGAUAGGAUUCUACCAAGGGCAAAAUAGUCAUUUAAUCAAUUUAUUCUAUUUGUUCCGAUAUUUUAUGAUUGUUAUAGCAAAAUGUUGUCAUUGAGAACAUGUAAUACGAUAUAACAUUCAAACCAACUCUAAAGGAACUUGGACAAUGAAAUAUUAUUAAUAGAAAAUAAUGAUAAUCGAUAGAUCUGAUGUAUCUAUAACAUUUUCGUGAUAAUUACAAACUUAGCUUGAAGCUUUUGUAUCA